AGUCAGCACAUUCUCCACCGACAUGGCGGAUGUUCCCAUUACUGGGUGACUGGCACCGAGAUGGACGUCAUCCUGCCGCUCUUACGUCACUGAUUGCGACUUACCCGGUGGCUGAAGGCACCAAUGAAGCGCUCUCACACCCCGCCAGGCACCCUGGCCAACGGCGCGUUGGGCGCUCUGUCCCGGGAGCUGGGGAAGGGCACCGCUGUCAUGCUGUCGGCCGCCGUGCUGGAGCUGCCCAGUCCUGGGGCACGUGGGCCAGUUCAUCACGCCGGGGCCAGACUGGCCAGCCAGAGCGACGUCCAUCAGCCAGAGGGCAAGGCAGGGGGUACCGUCAAAGUGUAUCUACCCAAUCAGCAGAGGACCGUGGUGAAUGUCAAGCCUGGGAUGACGGUCUACGAUUCUCUAGACAAGGCGCUGAAGGUGCGCGGCCUGAGCCAGGAUUGCUGCGCCGUCUAUCGUCUGAUACAGGGCCGCAAAGUGCUCACCGACUGGGGGACGGACAUCACGCCGCUGGUGGGAGAGGAGCUCAUGGUGGAAGUGUUGGCCGACAUCCCGCUGUCCAUGCACAAUUUUGUCCGGAAGACACAUUUUAAUCUGGCGUUCUGUGACUUCUGCCUGAAAUUUCUCUUCCACGGCUUUCGCUGCCAGACCUGUGGCUACAAAUUCCACCAGCACUGCAGCAGCAAAGUGCCCACCGCCUGCUUCGACAUGGCCAAGGUCCACAAGCCCACGAAUCUCUACCAGGAUUACGACGGUUCUCCCGGUUUAACCCACGAGUUAUUCUCGCCCCAGCUACCCAGCCCCCGGACCCAGCACCAAGGACCCGCUUCCUUUUCCUUCCCUGCGGAGGGACAGCCCCUGCAGAGACACCGCUCCACCUCUACCCCAAAUGUCCAUAUUGACAGCACCACCGGCCCUGUGGAUAACUCCGUCAUCGAGGAAGCGCUGCGGAGCUCCGCUGUCUCCCCCAGUGAUGGAGGCCCUAAAAGUGUGGCCCCCCACGGGACGAAGUCUCCCCAGGCCAAGUCGCCUUUAGAGCCCACGAGGGAACGAAAAGCUUCAGCGUCUGAUGAGAAGAAGAAAGUGAAACAGUUGGGUUACCGAGACUCCAGCUAUUACUGGGAGGUCAAUCCCAGCGAGGUGGUCGUCAUGAAGCGCAUCGGCACGGGCUCUUUCGGCACGGUGUACCGCGGUAAGUGGCACGGGGACGUGGCGGUCAAGAUCCUGAAGGUGACCAACCCCACCAACGAACAGAUCCAGGCCUUCAAGAACGAGAUGCAGGUUCUCAGGAAAACGCGUCACGUCAAUAUUCUGCUGUUCAUGGGCUUCAUGACGCGGCCCAACUUCGCCAUAAUCACGCAGUGGUGUGAGGGGAGCAGCCUGUACCGGCACCUGCACGUGAUCGAGACGCGCUUCGACAUCUUCCAGCUCAUUGACGUGGCGCGGCAGACGGCCCAGGGCAUGGAUUACCUUCAUGCCAAAAAUAUCAUACAUCGUGACUUGAAGUCAAACAACAUCUUCCUGCACGAGGGUCUCACGGUGAAGAUCGGGGACUUUGGGUUGGCCACGGUGAAGACUCGGUGGAGUGGAUCCCAGCAGGUGGAGCAGCCCAGUGGAUCUAUUCUGUGGAUGGCCCCGGAGGUGAUCCGCAUGCAGGAGAGCAGUCCGUACAGCUUCCAGUCCGACGUGUACGCUUACGGAGUGGUGCUCUACGAGCUCGUGGCUGGAGUGUUACCCUACGCAAACAUCAACAACAGAGACCAGAUCAUUUUCAUGGUCGGUCGGGGUUACCUCUCUCCUGAUCUCAGCAAAGUGUCCACCAACUGCCCCAAAGCCAUGAAGCGGCUCCUGGUCGAUUGUUUAAAGUUCAAGAGAGAAGAGAGGCCUCUGUUUCCUCAGAUCCUUUCGUCCAUCGAGCUGCUCCAGAGAGCUCUCCCGAAGAUCGAGCGAAGCGCGUCUGAACCUUCCUUACACAGGGCGGUGAACGCCGAAGACCUCAAUCAGUUCUUUAUCAGUACUCUCCGGCUGGCCCCCCAGUGACGGAGUCCGAGGAAACCAUCAGUCCCCGUCUUUUGAAUUCUCUUUAAUCGCUCGCCGUGCGAUGAGUGAUCCAUCUGGUGAAGGUCCGGCUUGGAUGAGGCUGGGGCUUUCA